AUGGUGACGCGGAUACCUCGACACUCGUCGUACCGCCGCAGGCCUCCACGCUCCCCUCUCGUCCUCAUCGCCCUCCCGACCCUCGUCGCCCUCCUCGUCGCCCUCCUCGCCCCGGCCGUGGCCGCGCAGACGUCCAGCAGCGUCACCGACCCGUCGACUACGACCGUGCAGCUUGGCAGCGCCGCCUCGGCCUUCUUCCACCUCGUCUCGCCCUCGUCGUCGCCCGUCUGGGUCUCGCUCUCGCUCUGCACCCCGCCCUCGGCCUUUGCCUCGAGCACCAACUCGUCGGCCCUCCCUAUCAAGCUCGGCACCGCCCUCUACCUGUCCAACUCGUCGUUCAUCUCGACCCCUGGCCCCGACAACACGCGCGACCCGGCCGACGGCAACCCCGACACGCCCCGCCUCGACACCUCGAGCGGCGCGACGGCCAAGCUCUCGCAUGGCUACGCCAACGCGACACUCGACGGCGCAGCAGACGGCGGCGUCUGGAUCGGCGUCUUUGCGCCCGACUCGGCGGCCCUCCUCGGCGACGGCGACAACGCGAGCGCGACCGCCGGCGAGUGGGUAUUCGAGUUGCACGUCAGCUCGGGCAUCGCGCCGUACGUCGUCGAGGAGACGGCGGGCUUUCGCCUCGGCGACACCGACUCGACGACCGUCCUCCUGUCGACCGCCAACUACACGGCCGCCGCGAGCGACACGCCCGCCGACGACGACGCCGUCGACGCCGCCGCCGCGCCAGACUGGCAGGUCGUUGUCGCGCCGACCGAGCCGCACGCUUUCGCGCUCGGCAGGUCGCAGUGCGCCGUGCGUGCGGCGAUGCAGCGGGCCGUCGGGCGGGCCAGCGCGAGCGCGACGACGAGGGGUUACGGCUGCGGGACGAGGACGCAGUUCGUCGUCGACGGGCUCGAGCCGGGCACGAACUACACGGCGUGGCUCGUCGCCAACGAGACGAGGGCGGGCGGUGCGGCAGGAGGCGAGAACCAGACGCGGGUGUGGGACCCUUCCUUCUUUGCGACCAAGGCCGGCGACUCGUGCCGCCUCGUGUACGGCAUCGACGUGUGCCCCUCGGUCGCGUACUCGGUCCCGGCGCCUCGUUCCCUCGACACGCCCUCGCUCGUCGACUUCUUCAACUCGACCCUGUCGGCGUCGCUCGCCAACUUUUCUCGCACCCUGUCGACCUUUCCCUGCGACUCGAGGGACCACGGCCUGUACUCGAUCGUCUCGACCUGCGACGACUGCCUCGACGCGUACCGCACAUUUCUUUGCGCGACGACCCUCCCUCGAUGCACCGACGCGCCGCCGAGCACCAUCCUCAACGACUCGAGCGCCGCCAUCGCCCGCGACGACGAGCUCGCGACCUGGUUCGUCCCGCAGCAGUUCGAGACGGCGCUGGUGCGCGACGACCCGGCCGCGUCGCGCACGCCCUUGUUCGGCCCGGCCAACCUGAGCUCGACGUUCCCGUCGCUCUUCAACGCGUCGUACCCGGCGACUGCGGCCAACGCGAAGGCCGAGUCGCCGUUCCCGUACAGCGAGGUGCCGCCCUGCCUCGACGUGUGCUACCUCGUCGAGGCGCGCUGUCCGCCCUUUCUCGGGUGGAAGUGUCCGAGGGGCACGGUCGGGGAUCUGGACGGCGGGACAGCGAGCGCGGCGUACGGCGUGACGAGGGACGUGCCCAAGGGCGAGCGGCAGGCGGACGACCUCGAGAGGAGCACGCUCGGAGCGAGGGCCGCCGACCGGUUCGGCAACGUCUUCUGCAACGCUCUCGACAGCGACCUCGUCCAGGCGGCACAAUUCGUCCCUUGGACCUACUCGAGGUCGUCGGCCGCAUCCACUCGCCCUCGGCCGGCGGCCCUUUCCCUCAUCCUCCUCUUUUCCGUCUUGGCCGCGUUCGGGCGGCUCGGACAUCUGUAGAUGGCGCCUCGUCAUGUAGACUCGUUGCAGUGCAACUCUCUUCCUGUGA